UAUCACGUGACCCGGAAGCUGUAGUGCAUCUUGCAAGCGACAACAAUGCGGCUUCAGUCUUUAGUCUUUUGACACCAGUUUUGUAGUUAAAUAAAGCUUUUUAUAAAUAUAACAUAAGCCAAUGGAACCUCUUUCGCCACCGUGACGAUUACACAGGCUGUCUCCGACGAGGCUCUCUAUUUAGGUUUGUUUUAUCACUAUUUUGCGCAAAGUGCAAAAUUUGUAUGACUUUCACCAUCGGUGAAUAAAUAAACAAUGAAGCUGCGAGUCCAGCUGCAGUGCAAGAAUUUGCAUGAAUACCUCAGAGAGUUGAGUCCAGAGAUUUUAGACCGACUAUACAAUCAUCCAGCAACAUGUUUGGCAGUCUACAGGGAGCUUCCGUCCUUUGCCAAAAACUAUGUGAUGCGGAUGCUGUUCCUAGAUCAACCUCUUCCACAGGCAGCGGUGGCAUUAUGGGUGAAUAAAGAAAGUCAGAAGGAUCACGAUGACUGCGUGUCGGUGCUGGCAGGACUCAGACUUUGGCACAGUCAGCAACUGCAAGGCGGUCUGCAGGGAUACAUCCUUAAUCCGGUGUUCAAAGACAACCUGAGGAUCGCGCUCCUCGGCGGGGGCCGAGCGUGGGCGGACGAAGGCAGCAGUCUGGGCCCCGAUCGGCACGCGCGCGAUAUAGAGAGUUUGGACCGUUACGCCAUGGAGCGCUGGGAGGUGAUCCUGCACUUCAUGGUGGGUUCUCCGAGUGCUGCUGUCAGUCAGGACUUGGCUCAGCUGCUGACUCAAGCGGGCCUCAUGAAAAGUGAGGCAGGGGAGGCCCCCUCCAUCACCUCUGCUGGCUUUCAAUUCCUUCUGCUGGACACGGCCUCUCAACUGUGGUAUUUCACCCUGCAGUACCUUAAAACUGCUCAGUCAAGAGGGAUGGGCCUGGUGGAGAUAUUGUCAUUUCUGUUCCAGCUCAGUUUCUCAACAUUGGGCAGAGAUUACUCGGUGGAGGGCAUGAGCGAGUCGUUGCUCACAUUUCUGCAGCACCUUCGGGAAUUUGGACUGGUCUUUCAGAGGAAGCGAAAGUCAAGGCGCUACUAUCCCACCAGAUUGGCCAUCAGUCUGGCAGCGGGAGUCACGAGCAACUCUUCUUCCCUUUCCUCGGGCUCCGCUCCUGGUACCGGAGACACAGGCUUCAUUGUGGUUGAAACCAAUUACCGCAUCUACGCCUACACCAGCUCGGAGCUCCAGAUUUCUCUUGUAGCGCUCUUCAGUGAAAUGUUGUAUCGCUUCCCUAAUGUGGUGGUGGCUCAGGUGACAAGAGAGUCUGUGCAACAGGCCAUUGCAAACGGCAUCACGGCGCAACAGAUCAUCCACUUUCUAAGAACCAGAGCGCACCCUAUCAUGCUGACGCAGACACCAGUGCUUCCUCCGACCAUAACGGAUCAGAUCCGACUUUGGGAGCUCGAGAGAGAUAGACUGCAAUUCACUGAGGGUGUGCUCUACAACCAGUUUCUCUCCCAGGCUGAUUUUGAGGUGCUACGAGACAGAGCUCAGGGUCUGGAUUGUCUGGUGUGGCAAGACGUAUCUCACAGGGUGAUGGUAGUGACACCGCACGGACACAGUGAGGUCAAGAGAUUCUGGAAACAACAGAAGUCCCACCCGUGAUCAAGAAAAGAGGACUGACAUGAAACGGCACUUCAGAUUGGCUUUUCUCUGUACAUUGAGCAGUCAUUUUCAACUGUUGUUAAUAAUUAUGAUAAUGUAUUCUUUAGGAACAAACCUUUGCAACAUGAAUAUCACAUUUGUAAACAGUACUAUGCUGACUUGUUCUAAGUGCUGUAAAAACGCAUUAAGAAAAGAAACAACAGCAUGAAUAUGAAAAUGUAUAUGGUUUGAUUAAAAAAAAUGCACAAAUGACA